CUUCCCUUUCAGUCUGGUUCUCAUCUGGGGGGGCCCUGGCAGUGCAGCCCCCCCAAACUUCACUUUUCUGAAACACGGCUCUAGCCAACCUGCUUCGUUGCUUCACUUGCGACCGCCUGUGCGGAGGCUGCACGGCACCUGCCCCUCCACCUCGACAGGGCAUCGUUCUUCAGCCUGUCAUGCCCAGCUGUGAGCCGGUACCACCUGCCGCCUAUCUCCCUACCAAAACCUUCCGCAGUUAUCUGCCUCGGUGCCAGCGAACAUACAGCUGUGUCCACUGCCGGGCACAUUUGGCCAAGCACGAUGAGCUCAUCUCCAAGUCCUUCCAGGGGAGUCAUGGUCGCGCCUAUCUUUUCAAUUCUGUGGUUAACGUGGGCUGCGGUCCAGCUGAACAACGCCUCUUGCUCACUGGUCUCCAUUCAGUUGCUGAUAUUUUCUGUGAAAGCUGCAAGACUACACUGGGCUGGAAAUAUGAACAAGCCUUCGAGACCAGCCAGAAGUACAAAGAAGGGAAAUACAUUAUUGAGAUGUCACACAUGGUGAAGGACAAUGGCUGGGACUGAAGGGGAAUUUGGGUGACCCCUUCCCCUGCAGCAUGCCUUGCCCUUUCCUAAUUCCACUGCCAUAGCUGGCACCCUGGCACAACUAACCCUGCUCCCUCUUUCCAUGCCCCUAGGCUCCUGCACAGCAUCACCCAUGGGAGUGGCGAUACCAGGACCCAUCUCCCAAACCUCUUGUACCUUCUGAAAUGCCGGAUUCACAGUUUGGAGGAUCUCCCCAUAGUAAAAGGGAAAGUUCAGAGUUAAGGGACCCAAUUUGAGGAUUUUGUAUUGGAUUCUACUUGACCUGUAUGGGGUAUGCCGCUCUCAUUUCUAGCACCUGUUGGGUGGGACAGAUAUUAGAAUUCCUAAGGAUACUCCUGGAAGCACACUUGA